GAGACCUGUCAGAGUUCAAACAAAGAAUUAGAGAAACGAGGACCGUCAUCCGAAACCAUGGACAAGACUAAAACUAAAUUAAAGCUUUUUUUGCCGCACUUAACGUGAUUUCAUUUGUCUAAAUCCAUCAUAAUCUACUGCGCAACUAGGAGUCAUGGAGCGCGCGGAGCCGAACGAGCCGAAACCGCCAUCUAAAUCAAAUCAGGAACCCAUACGAUUCGGGAUCGACCAGAUUCUGGGUUCUUUGGACCCAGAGAGCAGGGUCGGAAACACUGUGGAUAACAGCCGCUUGGGAAGCCCAUCCAGGGCGAGCGUCGCGCCUCAUGUCUCCUUACCCGUCUCUCUGUCCGGAGUCACGGGCGCGUUGGAGGACUCCGGGCGGGUGUACGGGUUGAGCGGCACUCUGGUGCCCAGUGGAGUGAUUCGGGUUCCGGCGCACAGACCUCUAGCUGUCGCGGUGCCGCCGGCCAUGGUGAGCGCCGCACCGGCGCUGUGUUUCUCCUGGAUGGACAAUAACCGCAGGUUCCCUAAAGACAGACUGCCAGCUCUCAUUCCGUUCACCGUGACCCGGCGGAUCGGUCACCCGUAUCAGAACCGAACUCCCCCGAAACGGAAAAAGCCCCGCACGUCGUUCUCGCGCGUGCAGAUCUGCGAGCUGGAGAAACGCUUCCACCGGCAGAAGUAUCUGGCCAGUGCGGAGCGCGCGGGCCUCGCCAAGAGCCUGAAGAUGACAGACGCGCAGGUCAAGACCUGGUUCCAGAACCGACGGACCAAGUGGAGAAGGCAAACAGCUGAGGAAAGAGAGGCAGGACGUCAGCAAGCCAAUCGGAUGCUGCUUCAGCUUCAGGCCGAUGCCCUCCAGAAGUCCAUGAGCGAAUCAGUGUCGUCGGAUCCUCUAUGUGUGCAUAACUCCUCCCUCUACGCCCUCCAGAACCUCCAGCCUUGGGCCCAGGAGAGACUGGAUAAAUUGGCCCCAACAACCACCACUCUGGCUUAAAAUCACCGCCAUGACGCUGGAAGCAGGACAGUGAAGCUGAAGACUGAACUAAAACAGUCAGAUUUGAAUAUGAAUCAGGCUUUUUGUCCGGAUAUUUUUUAUUUGUAAAGCAUCCAAGCACUUUUUGUGGGAAUAGUGAACUGUAAUGACAUCUGAGUUUGUUACGGACACAAAAACUUUCCAAACACCGUCCCAUGUAGAUGCUGCCUUGGAAAAAUAGGGUGAAAUGUUGACAGAAACGAACUGUUAAACAAGCUGAAUCACAGAUCUGUAUAUAUGAACGGUUCAAAUGAUGUCUGUGAGAAAGUCUACAAAAUAUUGUACUUAUCGUAAUUAUUUUGUGCUCUUAUGGUGGCGAUGCAUUACCGACUAAUGAUUGUCAUUGUUGACGUACUUGCAACCGGAAAAGCAAUGGCGUGUAAAUACAGUAUAACACUGAACAAGCAGCAUUAUGCAUCGAAUAUUUUAUUGUUAAAUAGUUUACACAACAUUUCAACAAAUGGAUAUAAGGUUAAGCUUCCCAUCUCCUCAAUCUGUCUGUCUGAUGGACCGUCUGUCUCUCCGUCUCCUUUUACAACAUCAUGGAAAAAUAAUCGUCCCUCAGUCGUCCCUGUACUUUAUACAAUACACAGUUUUUAUAUAACUCUCUGAGACACCGCCACUCCCAAUUUGAUUAUUCAGACCUACUUUGCAGAGUAUACAAUAUACAAUGUGUAAUAAUUCAAAUAUCAUAUAUAUUAAACUCAUCAUGCUGUACCGACACAGUGAUUGUUCAAAAACAUGUCAUAAUAUAAUCACAAAUUAUCCGAAAAAAAUAUAUAAAAACAGCAUUACUAUGGUUAUCAGAGCAUAUUCGGGUCUGCCAGGAUUGUUUGUGAUUGUGAUAAACACAGGUUUCAACUUCCAACACACUUUUGAACAUGGUGGCUUAUGUUUCCUGGCACAAAAGUAUUUGUUCACAUUAUUAGGAGAUUUCAAAUAUAUAUAUAUAUAUAUAUAUAUAUAUAUAUAUAUAUAUAUAUAUAUAUAUAUAUAUUCUCUAUUUUUAAAAUCUCAUCCAAUGUUGAGAAUUGAACCUGUGACCUUUGGGUUACAAGUCCGGCUCUCCAACCAUUAGGCCACAGCUAAUAUUUAAAUUCACUCAGAUAUAUAUUAGAUUACGAAGCAAUUGAAUUGUGAAUGUCAUUCAUGUUGAGUUGCCCUUGUCGAGACAAAUCAAACAGUUCCAUAAAUCUUUUGUUUUUGCUGUCUUUUAAUUCAUUUCAUUAUAUUUUUUGCUCUCUUAAAUUAUGUCACAGUAAGGUGGCAUUAUGGCUGCAUAAAACAGUACUAAUUUUGGCAAUUCACAGCUUUCACACAAUAAAAAAAAAUGGUUUUAUAUUAGUUCAACAUACAAACAAAUACAAAUAUAGUGACUGCUUAAGUUUGCUACGGCACCUGUCAAUCAAAGUCCAUUUUCACAUGCAGAGCUGCCAUCUGCACAGAAGCCAAUGUGUCACGUCGGCCCAAAAUCAUAAGAAAUAAGACAUCUGCUACCUUUAAUUUAUGCAUAUUUAAAUAAAAUCACUGUACUUCAUUAAUGAGAACCACAUAUUGAGAAUACUUGAAAUGUGACCUUAUGUCAGAUCUUCUCCCGAUGACACUGACAGACAGACAAACAGACUAAUCAGAAAGCAGAUAUUUUGAGUAGGCGGAGCUAAGAGCAAUCACAAGCCAACAAGAGCCGAGUGCAUAGGCGGAGGGUGAACCAACUCCAGGGUAAGGUUAAACGCAG